CAGGAAGCGCCGCGAACCGCAGAAGGAGAACGUCUUUUUUUGCGCCUGCGCAGAAGCGCUUCUUCCUUUUCUUCAUCCCGAUCGAGAGAGACGAGAUGGGCCAUCAGCAGCUCUACUGGAGUCACCCGAGAAAAUACGGCCAGGGAUCCCGAUCCUGCCGGGUUUGCUCAAACAGACACGGUCUGAUCCGUAAGUACGGACUGAACAUGUGCCGCCAGUGCUUCAGACAGUACGCUAAAGAUAUCGGCUUCGUCAAGCUGGAUUAAACCUCGCUGGACUUCCAGGAUGUGGAGUCGAAGACACAGACCUGACGUCAUGAAGUUCCUCUAGAACAGUCAAUAAACAUGCUUUGUUUCUGUUCA